UUGGCAACCUAAGCGGCCUCGUUAUGUGCAUGUCGACCUGGUCCCGCUUUAACAGAAGUUUGGUGUCUAGUUUACGUUCGGCAUCUCUGCACGACGAGAUCUCUGCACGACGAGACCCCAAUCCGAACACCCGCUCUUGUGUUUGGCAGUAGGCACUGGCAGUAGGCACAAACACCAGGAGAAAAACGAGAAGAAAAAAAAAACAAUGUUGUACAGGGACCAAUACGCAGCCCUCUCCCACGACCACCCAGACUACGCAAGCGACGGUGAGCACGAGCAGUACCCUCUGACCGAGGACGGCCGCCAGCCCACACCGCCGGCCCGCCCCGGCCACAGCAGGCGAUACCGGUGGGUGGUGGUGGCGGUGCUGGCCCAGGUCGUCUACACGGUUCUGGUGCUCGUCGUCGUGCGCCAGUUUUACUACAAGCGUGUCUGCGUCUCCCUUGCUGCGCCUGAUAGUCUUGGCGCCUGGAAAGUUCUCAAGUACAGCGAGGUUGAUGCCGACCAUCGAGAGCCCGACGAGCACCACCCUUUCCUAGGCGCUCCGGGGCCGUCGGUUGACCGGAACUGGCACGAGCUUUUGUCGACGUUCCGGGACCGCCUCCCCAGCGCGGAGAUCAAGAGACUGGGAAUCGAGGAAGGAUCCAUCUGGCUGGACGAUGAUCUUGGCGGGUAUUACGGGAGUGUGUGGGUUGGGCAUAACCUGCACUGCGUGAAAUACAUAUACGAUGGUUUGCACCGAGACCACUACUACCCCAACCUAACCGUGGCAGAAGAGACGUCUCAUCAACGUCAUUUGCACCACUGCCUCCACCGGUUGAUGGACGCGCUCAAGUGCCAUCCGGACAUGUCCCCGAUCACCCAACACUGGGUGGUGAACGAGGUGGUCCCCGUCGUCAACUGGGACGGCGCGCGACACACGUGCGCCAACUGGGACCACGUCGUGGACUGGGCCAAGAAGAACCGCAUCGUGCCGGCCGGAAAGGCCUCUAUCCCUGAAGUUGCGCCACAUCCACUCUACGCAAAAUUCAUCAACGAGCGCGGCAAGGCCGACUUUGUAAACAAGGAUGCCAUCAUAGAGUGGGACUUGCUCUGGGCUCGCCCCGACUGGCAGGAAUUUGCACGGGAACGCGGGAUUCCGGAAGGGACGAUUCCUCCGAAGGAGAUGUUGCGGAACAAACACGUCGGGUAGAUGCUAGGAAAUAUAUUUUGGUGCCGCGGCUUGCGCUGUGUUUAAUUAAUUCC